CACUAUUCAUUAAUUCUUAAUAAAUAAAUUUCAAAAUUCCAAAUUUACCCUUACACUUCAAAAGUACUACACUUAUCUUCUUCUUUCCUUACUACACUCUCAAAUUUUUUACUUCACUGAAACAACAUGAUGCAACCGACACGAGUUACACGCGCUCUCGCGUUUUUCUUCUUCUUCUUCUUCGCCGCGGUUUGUUUCCCGCCGGUGUUGUGUUCCGACGAAGUCCAGUCGUUCCGUGAAGCGCCAGCAUUCCGAAACGGUAGGGAAUGUCCGCCGCCUGUAACGUCAUCCGUCAUCCACAUUGCCAUGACUCUCGAUGCUACCUACCUCCGCGGCUCCAUUGCCGGAGUCUUCUCUGUCCUGCAACACGCUUCGUGUCCAGAGAAUGUAGUGUUCCAUUUCGUUACAACCACGCACCGCCGCCGGCAAGAGCUCCGCCGCAUCAUCAUUUCUACGUUUCCGUAUCUGAAGUUCCACAUCUACCACUUCGAUUCAAAUCUCGUCAGAGGAAAGAUCUCGUACUCGAUUCGCCGAGCGCUUGAUCAGCCGCUCAAUUACGCGAGGAUGUACCUUGCCGAUCUAGUUCCGGCGAGUGCUCAGCGAAUCAUUUACUUCGAUUCUGACCUAAUUGUAGUUGAUGACGUGGCGAAACUGUGGAGUAUCGAUUUAGGAGAUCACGUUCUUGGCGCGCCGGAGUAUUGUCACGCUAAUUUCACUAACUACUUCACGCAUCGGUUCUGGUCGAAUCCGUCUUAUGCGUCGUCGUUUAAGGGACGUGGUGCGUGUUACUUUAACACAGGUGUGAUGGUGAUUGAUCUGUGGAAAUGGCGUGAGGGAAGAUACACGGAGAAGCUUGAGAACUGGAUGCGGAUCCAGAAACGGAGCCGGAUCUACGAGCUUGGAUCGCUUCCGCCGUUUCUUCUGGUGUUCGCCGGAAAUGUUGAGAGAGUGGAGCAUAGGUGGAACCAGCAUGGCCUCGGUGGAGAUAACGUUGAAGGACUCUGCCGCGAUCUUCACCCUGGACCGGUGAGUCUUCUGCAUUGGAGUGGGAAGGGGAAGCCCUGGCUUAGGAUAGAUUCUAAGAAGCCUUGUCCGUUGGAUAGUUUGUGGGCUCCUUAUGAUCUCUUUCGUCAUUCUCCUUCGCCGUUCAAUGAUUCCUAAUUAGGGUUUGAGGAAGAAUGAAAAACUGCUAGGGUUCUUGCAGAAAUGCUCGCACUCGUUCGUCCAAAUGGAUGAUGAAACGACUGUAUAUAAUGGAUUUGAAUUGAAUGCUGUACAUAAACCUCAAUGAUGAUCUGCACGGCAAUGGAGGAAGUUGUGUCACAAAAACAAAAAACGGGAUGCUUUAUGAGGGUGAUAACCAAGUGAAAGAGAUUGAAAAGUUAUUCACAGGGAUUGAAUGCUGGUAUUUUUUUGGGUAUGAAUUUAGGUUAGGCAUUUUGAUGUCUGGUUCCUGUUCUACUUUACCAUGGCUAUUGGUACAAUUUUAGUGUUUUGGAUUUAUGAUUUACUUGGUUGGAAUUGAGAAGGUGAUAAUUUCAUCAUAUUUUGUCUCCAUGGCUACGAUUGAUCCUUCCUGAAUUUGUUUAUCCAUUCGCAAGUAAUUCCAAGUGACAUAACGUGCUGCACCUUUUGUAUUUGGUUUACUGAAUGCUUAUUCUGCCAUCUCUGAGUUUCAGAA